UUUUUUACCACAUUUUUCAAUUCUGUACUUCGAUUUUAGUUUUCUUUUGGUUUUCUGAGUUGAAGUUCUUACGCAAGCAGAUCUAACUCAGUAAUAUGGGACUGGAAGGCAGUGACGUUCACAUUGACAAGGAGCCAGACGGUGUUAUCGUCUGUGAAAUAAAGGAAUGUGAUAUUGAAAAGUCAGUUGAGCUAACAAACCUGUGUCAAGCCGAGGCAUGUGCGAAGAAUUCACAAAGCACCGAUAGUGAAAUUAAUUUAUCCAAUGAGGAUGCAGCACGUGGAUGUACGAAAUCGAAAAGUGAUAAUAAGAAGACGAGAGCUUGUGGCAAAAAGACUACCGUUCCGCAGCCGUUUGCUCUGGCAACUGAAAAACGAGCAACAAGUGGGGCCCGUCCUUAUGGGCCCGAGUCUGACAGUACAGCCGUUGGAGAUAAACCGUCGAAAGCUCACAUCUUGCAGCAUCCAACUUCCUCAAAAGAGAAUCGAACACUCUCACAUGUUAUACCAAGAAAGCCAUUGCAACCUGACAACAAGAACCACCUCGAUGAAGACACUUGUUCUGUCACCUCGUCAACUGUGGCUUCGGUAAGAAAGAUUAAGGCAACUGUGGCCUCAGCCCCAGUGUUCAAGAGCAGUGAACGUGCUGAACGAAGAAAGGAGUUCCUAUCGAAAUUAGAGGAGAAGCAUCAAGCAUUGGUAGCCGAGAAAACUCAAUGCGAGGCAAGGACUAAGGAAGAGACCGAAGCAACUAUAAAACAACUAAGGAAGAGUUUGAAGUUUAAGGCUAGUCCAAUGCCAAACUUCUACCAUGAGGGCCCACCACCCAAGGCUGAACUAAAAAAGCCACCUCCAACUCGUGCGAAAUCACCCAAAUUGGGCCGAAGAAAAAGCUGCAGUGAUACAAAAAGUUCAGUCCAAGGAAACAAUGAAGCUCGCCAGAGUUUUCCCAUCACAAACACGAAAACUAGGAUUAAUAUACGAAACGAUACUGCUUCAGACAAAACGGAGACAGCUGUUCAUUCUUGAUGAUCUGUUGUAAGUGUUAUCUAAUUAAGAUCUUAAUUUAUUUUUAAUCCUCUGUUUAAAGAUUACUUUCAAGUGGUGUUUUCUUUAAAUUAAAUUAAUGUAUGAUGUAAAUUUUUCCUGCAAGAUAAAACACAUUUGGAAAUUGGGGCUGUCUCAAUUUUUGACAUGUUCCAUAGAUUUUGCCUUUAGUGUAUAAGUUGUGGGCCAUAUGUGUAAUAAUUUUCAAAAGCAGUACAAGGAAAAAA